GGUCCUUGUUCUACUCUGAGCUAGAUACAGUCGGCCAUGUCUGAACACAGGUUGCAGCAGGAACAAUCCUACUUUACUAAAAGUUUGGCCUUGCGAUUCGUUUGUCAUCAUUGCAAGUGGCAGAAUAACUGGAAAUUAUCUGUUUUCCAGUCAGAAUGGCACCUUGCUGCAACAAGGUAUAUGUAUGCCGGGUAUGCCAUGAUGAUGUUGAAGAUCACACUUUAGAUCGGACUACAGUUGAGGAAAUAGUGUGUAACAAAUGCUCAACAAGACAGCCCGUUGGUGACCGUUGUUCAAAAUGUGACAUCAAGUUUGCACAGUACUUCUGCGGCAAGUGUCGACUUUAUGAUAGCAAUGACCUAAAACAAUUUCACUGUGAUGGUUGCGGACUCUGUCGGGUUGGUGGACGAGAAAACUAUUUUCAUUGUGAAAAAUGUGAUGUGUGCCUUUUGUUGACUAUGAAAGACUCGCAUGAGUGUCUAGAAAAAAUAUCUCACAAUGAAUGCCCAGUUUGUCUUCAGAAUCUGCAUACUUCCAGAAAACCUUCAAGGAUCCCUAAGUGUCGGCAUAUGAUUCAUGAGGAGUGUUUUAAAAAACUUUUUCAAUAUGGCCAUUUUGCAUGUCCUAUCUGUGGUACAUCAAUGACGAACAUGACUCCAAUCUGGAAAUUGAAAGAUGAAGAAGUCAAACAAACUGAAAUGCCUCAGGAUUAUAAAGAGAUCAAAACAAAUAUUCUUUGCCGUGAUUGUCAUAAGCAAAAUGUUGUUGACCUUCACUUUUUAGGACUGAAGUGUCCUGACUGUGGUUCUUACAACACCUGCCAGUAGUCCUGCUUCUACAUGGAAAUAUCUGAUGCCAUAUUUUGGUUGUGAUGACCAGUGAUUAUAAAGAUUAUAUAUCUGCAUAUUUUUUUCUGUUUUCACAAUCAAGCCAACAUAAAAAUUCAUUUUAAUUUCAAAUAAUAGCUCUCCAUCUUUUAAAUCUCAUUUUUUUUUACUUCCUUAGAUCUUUAUAGCGAAACUGUAUAUCUUCAACAUCAAUUGUUGUUGAAUUAGAUUUAUCUCAAAAUUAUCAGACCAUUUUGCUAAAUAAUAAAGUUUUUUUUUUCUUUUGCUUACUGUAGGGAUUAGAUGGUUAUGCUAAUUUGGACUUGCAAUUUUUCGGCAUAGUGUCUGCCAUUCUUGACAUCAAAUAUUCAGUUUUAAAAAGAGAAAAGAACAACUCUGUUACAUGAUUGUAAUUUAUUUUACCAAUGGGUACAAUAAUGUGCUAAGUUAAAUUUAGCUGAAAGAAACUAAUUCAUCAGCUUAAC